AAAAGGUUGUUUGGAUUGGAAACCGCACUACUACUGUUGGACUUCAUUCAACAGUUCAUUUCAUGAUUCAUUGUUCGAUUUCUUACAUAAAGACAAAGAUAAAACCUCGCAACUUUGUAUGUACUGUUGAUGUACCAGCAGACGUGGAAAAGGAUCCUAUUUGUUGCUGAUAUUUAGGUAAUUCACCAUGAACGUGGCUAAAAGCGGGUAUCGUGUUUUCUCGGCAAACUCCACGCCUGCAUGCACUGAACUCGCUAAGAAGAUUACUGAGCGACUGGGAGUUGAGCCGGGGAAAUCUGUCGUUUACCAGAAUCCAAACAGAGAAACCCGAGUUGAGAUCAAGGAAUCUGUUAGAGGCCAAACAAUCUUCAUCAUCCAAACCAUUCCCAGAGAUGUGAACACUGCCAUUAUGGAACUUCUGAUUAUGGCAUAUGCACUCAAGACGUCCUGUGCCAAGAACAUCAUUGGUGUGAUCCCGUACUUCCCCUACAGUAAACAGUGUAAGAUGAGAAAGAGGGGAUCGAUAGUGUGCAAACUGCUUGCUUCCAUGCUAGCUAAAGCAGGCCUGACUCAUAUAAUCACCAUGGAUCUGCACCAGAAAGAGAUUCAGGGCUUCUUCAGUUUUCCUGUAGAUAACCUGCGGGCAUCCCCGUUCCUGUUGCAGUACAUUCAGGAGGAGGUUCCUGAUUAUAGAAAUGCAAUCAUUGUAGCCAAGUCCCCAUCUGCUGCAAAAAGGGCUCAGUCUUUUGCAGAGCGUUUACGUCUUGGUUUGGCCGUCAUGCACGGUGAAGCUCAGUGUUCUGAAUCGGAUAUGGCAGAUGGGCGGCACUCUCCUCCAUGCGUCCGCAACACUGGACACCCCGGCCUGGAGUUACCAUGCAAACAACAUGCUCCGUUCCCAGGCAUUGAGCUCCCAAUAAUGAUGGCCAAAGAGAAACCGCCCAUCACCGUUGUCGGAGAUGUUGGAGGACGCAUAGCCAUCAUUGUCGAUGAUAUCAUAGAUGAUGUGGAGGACUUUGUGGCAGCCGCUGAAAUUCUCAAAGAGAGAGGAGCGUAUAAGAUCUAUAUCAUGGCCACCCAUGGCCUGUUGUCUGCAGAUGCCCCACGUCUCAUCGAGGAGUCUGCCAUAGACGAGGUGGUGGUGACCAACACGGUCCCUCAUGAGGUGCAAAAGCUGCAGUGUCCGAAGAUCAAGACAGUAGAUGUCAGUAUGAUCCUGGCUGAGGCGAUCCGACGCAUUCACAACGGGGAGUCCAUGGCCUACCUGUUCCGUAAUAUCACAGUAGACGACUAGCCAACAAUCACAUUUUUGUUAGAGGCAGAUGUGAGGUCCAGUUUGAGAACCAUUUGCCCUCUUUUGAGGUGUCAUGCAUUGUCCAUAGUUACUGUAAAUUCUCAAUUAAACUGCUUUUAUGCUACAAAAAAGUCUAAAUAAACUCCAAUUGACAAUUGACAGAAUUGAUGUGGAUCGAUGUCUAAAAUAAACUCUCUCAGCCUAGCAUUUACAGUUUACAUGUAAUUCUCUCAUUCUUUGACACACAGAUAUGCCUUUACAAUCCAAUGCACUGAACGUAAUAUGCAAGGUUCUGUUUUGUGCCUUUAAGUUAUAUUCCAUGUUUUAAGUUUACUCUUAUCCGAAGUUGGAACACUGAGGAUUUCAUCGCUUAUCAGUAUUUCUUGGUUUGUUUUGCUGUGUUGCUUCAAAAUUAAAGGAAUAUUUCACUGCAAAAUGAAAACGUAUUUGCUCAUCCUCAUGUCAUUUCAAACGCAUAUGAAUUUCAUUAUUAUGUGGAACACAAAAGGAGACUUUUUGAAGAAUGUCCUGGCUCCUUUUUCCCCAUAUAAUGGAAGUUAAAGGGGACAGGGUCAGUCAAGCUCCAAAAUGACUAAAGAGGUCAAUGAAGCGAUUAAAGACUUAAUUUUGGACUGUUCCUCACACAAAGCUAUCAUAUAACUUCAGAAGACUUGGAAUAUAGAGCAUAAGCCAUAUGGACUAUUUUUUUUAUUUUUUAUAAUACUUUUAUUGUAUUUGUGUUAGGGAUUAGGAUUAAUCCCUUCUAAAGUAGAUAUAUAUCUUUGAAAUGCAUGGGCACCUCAGACUUAUUGGUUAUAUUUUGACCUCUGGGCUUGAACCCUGGUUUCCCAUGCUGCAGUGGUGUUGUCUAUCCUUUGUACCACUGCUGGUUAAGUAAGAUCUUGAAAUUGAUGCCUGGCAGUCCUGCCCACCCUGUGUAACACCAUAGGUAGUACUUCAUCAAAGUUGCCUUCACUGAUGGUAUAGCCCUGCCCCGCACUCAUUCUCCUAUCACCAGCCAAGGCACUCAAUUAAAAGACAUUCAUUUAGGAUUUUAAAAUGAUUUACUCUUUUUAACACUGACAUACCAGGUUGGUUUAGAACCCUUAUUUCCCAGACUGGAGGUUAUCUUCUGCCCCAUCUUGGGUCAUUUAUUUUUUUGGUGCAUGUAGGGUGGAUAACAGGACAUGACUGGCAUAUAUGCAAUGGAUAAAUAUGGUUAAUAUUAAAACAGAUAGAGACUCAGUUUGCAAUCAUCUUAAAUAAAAUUAGACUUCGAAUAAACCCAAAUGCAUAAGUGCUAUAGACAACAUAUCAAUAUAUUAAAAGACACCCAUAUAGAAAAAAGACCAUGAAAAAAGAUUAGUUACAAAUUGUAUUUACUUUCUGUAGAUAAAACUCUAGUACCAAGUUUAAAAUGUUAUUCUUCCAAUAAAUAAAUGUAAUAAAAUUAAAAAUACCCUUUAGUUAGAAUCCCAUUUCUUCCUAUUACUACCACCAUUAAAACCAACCAAACUGUAAGCAUUUGUUCUGCAGUUUCUUCCAUCCAUUGGGUUAAGUCCUCUGCUUUCACUUUGAACCUAUGUGGACUGAAUCCCUGGAGAGGUUGUCCAUGGUUAUAAAUGUACUCAUUAAGAGUUUCCAGGUUGGAUUGUUCUGGUUGUAGUAAUCUUUCUGGGUAAUUAAUAAGGGGCGUGUGAAUGAUUGCAUUAGGAAAGGUUCUCAUUGUUACCCUCCACAAACCCUGUAAUUGUUUAAUGCUGGUUUUGUUUGGGUGUUGACCUCUAUUAUUAAUACCUGCUGCUAAAAUUACAGUGUUUACAUCCUUCUUUGGAGAUAAUCUCUCAAGGAGUUUUGUGAUGUGUAAGAAAUUGGCUCCUGGGAAACUAUCAAUCUGCGUUCCAGUAUCUGGAAAGAUUGGAAUCUGGGCCAGAUUAGAAUCUCCAAUAAUUACAGUAGCUCCCUCAAUAGAAAUAGACCACUCUAGAUAUUUAAUGUGUAUUAUGAUGUUUGGUGGGGAACUGAAUUGAUUUUUUAGUCCGUGUUCAGUCUUGAGGGGAUUCGGUUGCUGAGUUUGUUUUAGGGGAAAGAAGGAUUGGUUCAGUUGAGGCGUUAAUAGGAUUAAUCCUUUUAAAAGGCCUCAUCGUAUCUCUCAUCCUCUCUUCUUUCUCAAUAAAAGUAUUUUUAUUGAGGUCUGUAGAUAUGGUUUUGUUAGGCUGUGCCUGAUUACCUUUGACUACAUCAGCAAAAGUUGCUUCAAACUGUACCAGGGAGUCCUCCUUGCUCAUUACCAUUGUUAAACCAGCAUCUCUCAGGCUCAGUUUAGUGUUUUGGUGGGUUCUGUGGAAAGUGGCAAAUUUUGCACUCCUCAUUCAAGGCUGUUUCACACGAUAAGUCAUGCUCACAUUUUUAGCUUGGCGUGUAUUAUAUUUAAAUUGUUCACGCAAUACUGUUUGAGUUUGUGUAGAAUAUCAUCAUUAAUUGUUUUUGGCCCAUUGGCAGGCUUAAGCCCACUCUAGGGGUUUAAAUUCAUUAAUAGUCUUGGCCAAUUGUACUCUGAUCUCUGCGUAAUGCUCUUGGAGUAUAUACAUGUUUGUUGCAUCCAAUUGUUCGUGUUUAAUUUUUUACUUUUUGAGAUGUUUCUGAGUUAGGUCAAGAAGGCUUGAUAAACUCAGUGCAUUUUUUUUAACCUGUUUACUCAUGCCUUUUGGAAAGCUCUCGGUAUCCAGGGCUUUUUGUACAACCUCAGCAUGAUGUGUUCCCUGUAUCCAUUUAAAAUACAUUUUGGUCAAAUGUAUGUCUAUACAUGCACAGACAAAAUGCAGAUAUUAAUAUCAGAAAUACCUGGAGAAACUACAACAUACUCCACAGUUAAUGUAGCCUACAAUUUCAGCUUCAUCUGGUAAGAAAAAAAAGAAUGAAGUAAUAUUUGUCUUUUUAAUAAUAGUUAAAUAAUAUAUAAUAUUAAUAAUGAUUAGGCUAUUAUUAUGAAAAGGUAUUUACAAGGCAUAUAUUAUUCAUAGAAACUAUAAAUGUAAGAAUAACAUUUCAAAUUGGGCAUUUCAUUUAGUUUUGACGCACUUCUGGUUUAAUCCCCGCCCACACCCGGUUCUAUCCAAAUAAUAUAGAAAUAUUAGGCCUAUUAUCUGCAGAUAUGUUUAGCAUUAACUAAAUGAAGUAUACUGUGAGCAGUUUUCAGUUUCUUUAACCCAAUCGUAUAAUUCUUGCUUUUGCUUUGUCAUUUAUCUAUGAAAUACAUGGACUUUAAUCCAACUAACACAAAUGUUAAACCAACAUUUUUUGGUAAUAAAUAAAUACUAAUGUACAGAGUGAAACAAUACUGUUUACAACCAGAAUGCAUGAGUUUUCAAAGUUGAAUUUAUUGUGUGUGUGCUCUUGGUCAGUGUUGAAGGUAUGGUUCACCCAAAAAUGAACGUUCGGUCAUCCUUUACUCACCCUAAUGUCGUUCCAAACCUAUAUGGCUUUCUUUCGGCAGUGGAAAACAAAAGGCAACGUUAGGUAGAAUGUCUGCCUCCGUCACUAUUCACUUUGAUUGCAAUUUAUUUAAUUUGUUUUCCAUACAAUGAAAGUGAAUGAUGACUCAACAUUUUGCCUGACAUCUCCUUUAGAAUGAGGAUACUGGAUUGGAACAAGUAAAUGAUGACUAUUUUAAAACUUUUUGGGGAGCUUUUCCUUUAACAUCAGUUUGAAGUACAGCUACACCACUUUCUUUUAACAUUCUCUUCCACUAUGAUGCCUUUUAUCUGUCAGUUAUACGUUUAAAUAGCUAUUUGUUCUGGCUGACAUUGCACCUGUCUGGCAAGUAAAAGAUUUCCCAAUGCCUCACGUCUCUAUGAGAGCGACAGUGGUUGCUAUGGCAACCUUAAUCAAAGCUGGUUGGUUCUCAGAGCCUAUAUUUUUGCAGUGGUGCAAAUACGGCCUGCGAUCCAACCUUAUGGCGGACAUACGUUUUUGUUAUAAUGUUCUGUAUUAUUUCCCUGCUGCUGAUUUGCAAUCUUAUUUUUGUAAAUAAACACAACAUG